CCCUAAAGCUGAAGCAUGCAACAUGACAAAAUAAAAACCGGUGUAUAUUAUUCAGGGGUGCUUUCAAAAUCAGAAGGUGGUCUGGAGGGGAUGGAUGUAAUACGACUUUUCAGUAGCUUGUACUCGACUACACACUGCCCUCGUGUGGUAUAUUUUCCGUUCUUGUAAGGUAGUAUACCUCUGAUAAAAUUGCUAGACUUUAUUAAAAAAAAAAUGAGUUAUGUAAUGACAGAUGCCCGCAGAUUAAUAUAAUAAUAAUAAUAAUAAUAAUAAUAAUAGACGCCAUGUUUCCGAUAUAAAUCCCUUAAUUUUAGUGUCAAGUAACGGGUGACUGGGCACCAAGGUGUAAACGUUAUCAUGUUCAGGGUAAGGUAAAUCAAUCUUUUUUUGUAACUUGGUGUAUGAUGACAUGCUUUGAGGGUGGGUUGGUUCAAUUAAAAUAAACACACGAUUUAAGGUGUUUGUAUAAUACAGGUAACAACGCCAGUCUCUGUGACUCUCUUAAACAGGUUGAGAAGUAGGUACUCAAGAGAGGUAAGAUUUAUAUUCCCGUGGUUCUGGGGAAGGAGUUUGAGACAGCGCAGACCGGAAGCUGAGGCGGUUGCUGGUUUGUCGGUAAACAGAAAGCGAGAAAACGGCAGGGGCAAGCAGAAGCAACCACAGCGUAUUGAAACACACACGCAAAGAGACAAAUAUCCGAUUUUCCGCCCCCGAACUGCCCAUUCCGCCUUCCGCCAUGGCUUCCAACGCCAACAUAGAUAUCGAGGAUGCAACCCAACACCUUCGGGACAUCUUGAAGCUGGACCGGCCCGGGCAUAGCGAUAACUCAAGUGAAUCCCAAAAGAAGUCGACGUCUUUCAACGGAGAACUCAAUGGCUUCAUGGGAGCAGAUCUCAUAGCAGGGGGCGACAGAGGGGCCAUGUCGGAGAUGUCUAUCCAUAUCCUAGAGGACAUGAACAUGCAGGAGAAACAAACCAUCUGCCUCUCUGGAGAGGACAGCUCCACCUGCAUCAUUAUAUCUGCCAGAGAUGUGGAAAUAGUGGCAAGCCACGACUCCAGCAUCAACAGCAAGGCCAGAGGCAGUAACAAGGUAAAAAUACAGCCAGUGGCAAAGUAUGAUUGGGAGCACAAGUACUACUAUGGGAACCUGAUAGCUGUAUCCAACUCCUAUCUCGCAUACGCUAUCAGAGGUGCAAACAGCAUUGCUAUGAUCCGUGUGCUGAACAUAGGCACUGCAGAGCGCACUCUUCUGAAGGGGUUCACUGGCGGAGUGACAGACCUGGCCUUCGCUCAUCUCAACUCUAAUCAGCUGGCCUGCGUGGAUGAGGCUGGAAACCUGUUUGUGUGGCAGCUAACUGAGGAAAAUGGAAAAAUACAAGAUGAGAUUAUCGUUCACGUCACUAGGCCGGAGAGCACCCCAUUGAACGGUAACAGGAGGAUCAUUUGGUGCCCUUUCAUACCAGAGGAGAACGAGGAAAAUGCAGAAGAUGGAUGUCAGACUCUGGCCUUGCUGCAUGAGGACAGGGCUGAAGUUUGGGAUUUGGAAAUCAUUAGAAGCAACAACAGCUCGUGGCCCAUGGAAGCAACUGAUUUCAAAGAAGGCUUUAUCACUGUCAAAGGACACAACGCACGUAUCAGUGAAGGUGCCUUGUCACCUGACGGGACAGUCCUUGCCUCAGCCAGUCAUGAUGGAUGCGUCAAAUUCUGGCAGAUCUACAUUGAAGGACAGGAUCAACCGAGAUGCCUUCAUGACUGGAAACCCCACAAUGGUAAACCACUGUCUUGCCUGCUGUUUUGUGACAAUCACAAGAAGCAAGACCCUGAAGUUCCAUUCUGGAGAUUCCUGAUCACGGGUGCAGAUCAGAACCAGGAGCUGAAGGUGUGGUGCACUGUGUCCUGGACCUGCUUGCAAACUAUCCGAUUUUCACCGGAUCCUUUUAACUCCAGUGUUCUUCCUAGUCUGAAAGCCAGUUUGGACCUUUCUGCUGAAUACCUGAUUCUGACUGAUGUACAGAGGAAAGUGCUGUAUGUAAUGGAGCUGCUGCAGGACCAGGAGAAGGGCAGAGCCAGCUUCACCGCCAUCUCGGAGUUCCUGCUCACCCACCCUGUGCUGAGUUUCGGUAUCCAGGAUGUGAGCCGCAGCCGCCAGAGACACACCGAGGUCCUGCCAGCCGAGGAGGAGAGCGAGAGCAUGACUGCGGAAGGAAGCCAAGGUCCUGUGGAAUCCAAAGCAGGAGUCCAGAUAAAAUUAUACUGUGUGCACACAAAGUCACUCCAAGACGUGCAGAUCUGGUUUCAGCCUCACCUGAGUUCUGGGAAUUCCACGUGUCUGCCUCCCUCUGGCUCACACGAGGACUUCAGUUUUGCAGACCGCCUGACAGACGUGAGCAUGGAAGGGUUGGGCUCAGACAAGGAGUCGGGCCGUGGCUCUCCGCAUGACCUCCGCAGGAUAUCCGACCUGCCCGCUCCAGCUGACUUCCUGUCUGCUACCAGCGACUUUAAACCCAAACUCAUGACUCCAGAUGCGUUCAUGACUCCCAGCGCUUCAGCACAGCAGAUAUCGGCCUCUCCCGGCAGCAGUGUUAGCACCCUGACCGCAGUAACCGGAAUGAGCAGCAGUUGUAUCAGCGACAGUGUAAUGUCCAGGACUGGUGAAGAAAUGACAAAACUUUCCCUGGAUAGCAGCAUGACUCUCAGUAACAGCACUGGCAUGCAGGGCAGCCCUCGAAACAACUCUAUACUAAUCCCCGGACUUGCUGACCAGCUGCCUUCCAAAACUGUCCAGGUGAUUCCCCCAGCUAACCCUCCCCUCUCCCUGGACCUGCAGUCCAUUGAACCCCUCCUGAUGCCCCAGGCCUCUCCAACCCGCGAGCGCUCUCCCGACGUCAUUUCCUCUGCCUCCACGGCCAUGUCCCAGGAUAUCCCUGAGAUCGCCUCCGAGACCCUGCAGCGUGGACUUGCUGCUUCGGGAGGCCUGCCUGCCGAAGUCCUGGAGCCUACCCUCCACUCGGACAGCAUGGCCUCUGCUGCCUCGGCCCUGCACCUCCUCUCCCCCAGGAACCGGCACAACUCUGAGCACAGCCACCACUCCCUGGACAUGGGCUCCGGGGAGGCGGAGCGGUUGUCCAGCACCCCCUCCCUCCUGGAGACGGCUCUCUCGCAGGAGAGCGCAGCGGCUACAGCUGCAGCAGACAACAGCGGGAGCCAGCCUUGGCCUGCUGCCCCUGAUAUUACCAGGGAGACCAGGAACAGCCUGAUUGACAGCUCGCGUGAGGAUGUGAAUGAAAAGCACAAGCCUUCCCCAUUCCACAGACACACCUACCAACUCCCCCAGCAUGACAGUCAGGAUGCCAGCGCAGAGCAGAGUGAUCAUGAUGAUGAAGUUGCAAGCCUUGCAUCCUCCUUAGGAAACUAUGGUUCCAAAUCCACCCACAGGCUACCUGUGGAAUGGAAAUCCUCUCCAAGGGGUUCCCCAAAAUUAAAGAGAAAGAGCAAAAAGGAGGAGGGGGAUGUUGCUCAGGCAAGGUCAUCUGAUCAUCAGAUGAACACUGAGCUACAGGAGGAGCUGCUGUCCCUGGUGCGCUGUCAGCAGAGGGAGAUCUCGGAGCUGAGGCAGAGCCAGCUGGAGCUGAUGCAGAGGCUCACCAACCACAUGGACGCUGUCCAGAGCUCCAUCAUGGGCCACGUGGAGCGAGUGAUGAUCACCCAGCAGGAACAGGAACAAAGGAGAAUGGAGCGGAUCCUGGCCGAUGGGCACGACCACAACAGACAGUUCCAGGAGCAGUUGUCUCAGCAGCUGUCGCAGUCUGUCUCCAACACCCUGUCCAACAGGCUGGACAAGACCGUCCGGGACGAGAUGAAGAAGACCAUACCUCAGUCUGUAUCCAAGAGUCUGGAGCCAGUCACAGGUCAACUGAGCAACACAAUUGCAGCUAAACUCACCGCAGUGGAGGGAACACUGAAGGAGAACAUAACUAAAAUGGUGAAGUCAAAGAACACUACAGAUGCCAUUGGGAGAGCGGCAGCAGACGCGUUACAGGGACCCAUCCAGGCAGCAUACAAGGAGGCUUUCCAGAGCAUAGUGUUACCAGUCUUCGAGAAGGGCUGCCAGUCCAUGUUCCAGCAAAUCAAUGACAGCUUUAAGAGUGGAACGCAGGAAUAUAUCCAGCAGCUUGAAAGCCAUCUGAAAAACAGGAAGUUACAGGAGCAUGAGGUUCGGGACCCUAUGAUGGUGCAGCUACAGCAGAUGAUCGACACUUUCCAGAACACCACGGACCAGCUGCCUUCCAAUAUCACAGCCAGCAUGCGCUCCGAAGUGCAGCACCAGCUGCACAUCACAGUUGGAAACCUGCAGGACUCCAUCUUGACCCAGGUCCAGCGCAUUGUGAAGGGUGAGGUGAGCAUGGCCAUGAAGGAGCAGCAAGCUGCAGUCACCACCAGUAUCAUGCAGGCUAUGCGCUCAGCUGCUGGGACGCCUAUCCCGUCCUCGCAUCUUGACUACCAGACCCAACAGGCUAACAUCCUCCAGCUGCUGCAGCAAGGGCAGCUCAACCAGGCUUUCCAGCAGGCACUGUCUGCUGCUGACCUGAACCUGGUUCUCUACGUGUGUGAGACGGUGAACUCCCAGCAGGUUUUUGGACAGAACCCCUGUCCACUUAUCCAGCCUGUGCUGCUGUCACUCAUUCAGCAACUCUCUACUAAUCUGGCUACCAGGACUGAACUCAAAAUCAGUUACCUGGAGGACGCAGUGAUGAACCUGGACCACGGUGACCCGGUCACUCGAGACCACAUGAGUUCCGUCCUCAGCCAGGUCCGACAGAAGCUGUUCCAGUUCCUGCAGGCAGACCCACACAAUGCGCUGAGCAAGCGGGCACGGCGGCUCAUGAUGAUGCUGCAGGGACUCAUCAACCAUGGCAUGAGCUAAACCAAGGGAACAGCACCCUCUCCGUCUGCAGGAACAGCACUGCUAGACACAAACACUGGAGACAGGGCACGCUUUGCAGUAACCCAUAGCUGUAGCAAACCUAAAUGGAGGAAAUGUAAUCCCUGUGACUUUUUUUUUUUUUUUUUUUUAAACCCUCGAAAUACACACAGAAUAAAAGACCUUUCACAUUUGAUUCUCAAGUUGCAGUACUUUAAAAGCAGUCUUGCAUUACAAAGAGAGGAGAGGUGAUACCUUUUAUUGGACUAACUAAAGUAUUAAAUCACAAGCUUUCAAGACCUUGGAGGUCUCUUCAGGUGAAAGUAGAAAAGAAAGAUUGCACCUGUCAUUGCAAAGAGAAGAAGGGUUGCCUUUUGUGCAGUGUAAGGAAAAUGUCAAUUCGGGUGCAGUUUUGGUUUAAAAUCACUUUGUAUGUCUCAUUUCAUUUGACUUCUCAGACUGGCUCCAGUUUCUUCCUCUGAUAGCAGUGGCACAAUAUUCUGUUUCAAGUACAUUACAGUGGCGUAUGCUCCAAAGCUUUUUUAUUUAAGAGGAUGAUUUAUACCCAGUCUGCAUGUGAAGUGUCAGUGUUGUGAUUUGAAGGGUUGCUGGUAGUUUAAACAUACUGAUACUGGAGGUCCUGGCUGGCUUCCUUUUCCUUGUUUUCUUUGGCCAGAGAGGAGGCUAAUAAAAGCAUCUACUGUUUCAGCUGUAGUGCUUUGGGCAGACACCAGGUGGCAGUUCUGUGUGGCUAUUGAAUGAAUAAUCAGUAGGCUUGCAGGACCAGAGUUUUCUUAAAACAUCCAUUGGGUAGAUGACAGUGUUGUGUCCCAUCCUUCAAAUUUAUAUGAAGUACCUAAUGUUUAAACCUGUUUGCUUUAGAGCGCUUGGGUGGACUCUGGCAGUCCAAAUCCUGUACAUUAGGAGGCUGUAUGUGUGGCCUUGCUGUUAAUCACAGGAAAACUAGGAUGUAAAUUGCAUUUGUCAUAGUGACUGCAUGUAAAAUCUCUUAAGCUUGCUAGUGCAGACAUGCAGUGUGAUGUAACAUGGUUGUAUGUAAAUUCCUGGGGCAGAGGUCCACUGUGGAGGGCUUUUGUCUGCAUUUUCUAAUCGUAGCCCUGCUUUGUAGUCGUAUUGUAAAAUUUGUAAAAACCUUAAAUUUACUGUUCCUUUUAUAAUCAGUCCAUACUAUUGGUUCAGUCUGGCAUUUUUAAAUACUUUAGCAAGUCUUCUGGAGUAUUAGUGUCUGUUACAACAGAUGGUCUUUCACCCAGGUGCCUGAAUCAUGCGGAGAUUCCUACCUUUUUUCCUUUCGUAUCUUGUGUACUGCGGUAAUUGAGAGCGCUGGCAAUUCUCCUCCUACCCCAGCCAGCAGCAUUAUUUUUAGUUGCAAGUUUCCUGAUUGCAGCAGAGACCAACCUGAAAUCCUGGUGCUUUUGUUCUGUUCCAGUUUUUAAAAUAUCUUUUAAAAUCAAAAUGGUAAUUUUGUCCUGCCUUCUUAUUUUCCUUUAUUCAUAGAUAGAAAUGUAAGACUUAUCAGACAUCCUUGAUUGGCUGACUUAAGAUGUUAUUGUUUUUUAUAGAAUCUCUUUUGUGCCUAGGGAUGAAGAAAAAAAAAAAUUGGUCCAUGCGCUGUCCAAAGUAUAACUGUUUGUUUUAUUAUUCUGUCAUCCAUAACUGUUAACCACCUCCUAAUAGUGCUGAAAUUUAGCAAUACUAAAAGACACUAAAACUAACAUGUUCUGUCAUUAAAUUGGAGUUUCUUUUUGUAUUAUUAUUGUGCUAAAGCCUUAAUGGAGAUGUGUGUUAUAACCUGAGCAAAGUGAUAGGUCCUUGUGUGGUUGUGUUUUUUUUAUUUUUAUUAUUAUAUAAAAAAGUGCCUUUGUAAAUCCUAAA